UUCUCCGGAAACCUCCGACUCUCGGCACCUGGCCUCCAGCUUUCGGUUAUUUUUUUUUUUUCUCUCCGUAGCUUGAAUUCCUUCCCUCCCAUCCUCCCACCUAAAACUAUCGGCUCUUCCCGCCUUCCUUCAAACUAGCAAUUUUCGGUUCUUCCCUCUUGCUCUCGGGCGAAUUCCUGAAAGUCGUUUAUUCUCUUAAUUAAUCGCCGCUCCAGCCCCGCCCGUUCAGCUCAUUCUCUUAAUCGCAUUACCCUGGCUGCUUUUCUUUCGGCUGUUUCCACCUCCUGCCACCCACCCAGACACCGCCUUCGGCUCUUUCCGGACCAUCUCAAUUUCUCCUCCUUCCCCGGUCCCAAUCCGCUUAGGCUAUUUCUGGCUCCCCUAGGUUUCUCAUGCUCUCUCUAGCCCCACCCCAUCACCAGCUUCGGCUCUUUUCGGCUCUCCCCCGUCGCCUCCUGUCUCCUGCUCAGCUCUUUUCGGCUAUUUCCGCCUCCCCUCGGACUCACCCUUUGCCUUCGGUUCUUUCCGCCGGCCCUCAGGCAAGCGGUCUCUACCCCUCUCCCGCACGUGACGCGGCCUCCGCCUCCGCCUCUCAGUUCCCCCUCCCACCUCACCCUUCCUCCCGCCUCAGCCUCUAGGCUGGUCCGGGCCGAGCCGCCAUUUUGUGUCAAUUCCUGAUUGCGGCGGGGGCCGGGCAGCCGGGAGACCAGUGGCGGGCAGACAAGGGAGACAGUCGGCCCGUCUCCGCGGCCCGUUCCCUCUCUCCCUUCAAUCCUUUUUUUCUUUUUAACCCUUCCACCCCCUUCGCUGGCUCUCCUCUUCUCCCCUUACCCUUCGCUUGCUCCAUCGCGCGCGGCCCGCGCUAAUUACACCCAACCACCCACCAGUGUCCGAGUCUCCCGGGUCUCCCGCCCCCGGGCCCGCGGGGGUGCGUGGGGGGGGGGCUCUCGCCCCUAUGAGGGCCCCGCGCCAGUAAGCGAGUGACCGCAGGGGUGGGCUGCGGAGAAAGCAGGCGGCGAGCGGCCCUCCGAGGCCUAGGCCGCGCGGCCUACGCGGAGGUCAGCGCAGAGGAACUAUGGAGGCCGCGCCCGGGACCCCCCCGCCGCCGCCAUCAGAGUCGCCGCCGUCGCCAUCGCCGCCGCCGCCAUCAACGCCUUCGCCUCCUCCGUGUUCCCCCGACGCCCGCCCGGCCACCCCGCACCUCCUCCACCACCGCCUCCCGCUCCCUGACGACAGGGAAGAUGGAGAGUUGGAAGAAGGCGAAUUGGAAGAUGAUGGGGCAGAGGAGACCCAGGAUACCUCCGGAGGGCCUGAGAGAAGCCGGAAAGAAAAGGGGGAGAAGCAUCACAGUGAUUCAGACGAGGAGAAGUCCCACAGGAGACUGAAGCGGAAACGGAAGAAAGAGCGGGAGAAAGAGAAAAGGAGGUCGAAGAAGAGGAGGAAAUCCAAGCACAAACGCCACGCUUCUUCUAGCGAUGACUUCUCUGACUUCUCAGAUGACUCGGAUUUCAGCCCCAGUGAGAAAGGGCACCGCAAGUACAGAGAGUACAGCCCCCCAUAUGCGCCGUCCCACCAGCAGUACCCCCCAUCGCAUGCCACGCCCCUGCCCAAGAAGGCUUACUCCAAGAUGGACAGCAAGAGCUAUGGCAUGUACGAGGACUACGAGAACGAGCAGUAUGGGGAAUACGAGGGCGACGAGGAGGAGGACAUGGGCAAGGAGGACUACGACGACUUCACCAAAGAGCUGAACCAGUACCGGCGUGCCAAGGAGGGCAGCAGCCGUGGCCGAGGCAGCCGAGGCCGGGGCCGGGGCUACAGGGGCCGAGGAGGCCGUGGAGGAUCGCGAGGCCGUGGCAUGGGCAGGGGCAGCCGAGGCAGGGGCAGAGGCUCUAUGGGAGGAGACCACCCGGAGGAUGAAGAGGAUUUCUACGAGGAAGAGAUGGACUAUGGAGAGAGUGAGGAGCCAAUGGGAGACGAUGACUAUGACGAGUACUCCAAGGAGCUGAACCAGUACCGCCGGUCCAAGGACGGCCGAGGCCGAGGGCUAAGUCGAGGCCGUGGCAGGGGCUCCCGAGGCCGAGGGAAAGGGAUGGGCCGGGGCCGAGGCCGAGGUGGCAGCCGAGGAGGGAUGAACAAGGGCGGAAUGAACGAUGACGAAGACUUCUAUGAUGAGGACAUGGGCGACGGUGGUGGUGGAAGCUACCGGAGUCGUGACCACGACAAGCCCCACCAGCAGUCGGACAAGAAAGGCAAAGUCAUCUGCAAGUACUUCGUGGAAGGGCGCUGCACAUGGGGAGACCACUGUAAUUUUAGCCAUGACAUCGAACUCCCAAAGAAGCGAGAAUUGUGCAAGUUUUACAUCACUGGAUUUUGCGCCAGAGCCGAGAACUGCCCCUAUAUGCAUGGUGAUUUCCCGUGUAAGCUGUACCACACCACUGGGAACUGCAUCAAUGGUGACGACUGCAUGUUUUCCCACGACCCUCUGACGGAAGAGACGAGGGAGCUUUUGGAUAAGAUGUUGGCUGAUGAUGCAGAAGCAGGUGCCGAGGACGAGAAGGAGGUGGAGGAACUGAAGAAGCAGGGCAUCAACCCCCUGCCUAAACCGCCCCCUGGUGUGGGCCUCCUGCCCACUCCUCCUCGGCCCCCUGGCCCGCAGGCUCCAACCUCUCCCAAUGGCAGGCCCAUGCAGGGUGGCCCCCCACCCCCGCCCCCGCCCCCUCCCCCGCCGCCCGGGCCCCCUCAGAUGCCCAUGCCAGUGCAUGAGCCGCUGUCCCCACAGCAGCUGCAGCAGCAGGACAUGUACAACAAGAAGAUCCCCUCCUUGUUUGAGAUUGUGGUACGGCCCACGGGACAGCUGGCUGAGAAGCUGGGUGUGAGGUUCCCUGGACCUGGUGGACCCCCAGGGCCAAUGGGCCCUGGGCCCAACAUGGGACCCCCAGGGCCAAUGGGCGGUCCAAUGCAUCCUGACAUGCACCCUGACAUGCACCCAGACAUGCACCCCGACAUGCACCCGGACAUGCACCCCGACAUGCAGAUGGGCCCUGGCAUGAAUCCUGGCCCACCCAUGGGCCCUGGUGGCCCUCCAAUGAUGCCCUACGGCCCUGGAGACUCCCCACAUUCUGGAAUGAUGCCCCCUAUCCCGCCAGCCCAGAACUUCUAUGAAAACUUCUACCAGCAGCAGGAGGGCAUGGAGAUGGAGUCCGGACUCCUGGGGGAUGCAGAGGACUACGGGCACUACGAAGAGCUGCCAGGGGAGCCUGGGGAGCACCUCUUCCCUGAGCACCCUCUGGAGCCCGACAGCUUCUCUGAGGGAGGGCCCCCAGGCCGGCCGAAGCCAGGCGCCGGUGUCCCUGACUUCCUGCCCUCAGCCCAGAGGGCCCUGUACCUGAGGAUCCAGCAGAAGCAGCAGGAGGAGGAGGAGAGAGCGAGGAGGCUGGCUGAGAGCAGCAAGCAGGACCGGGAGAAUGAGGAAGGUGACACUGGAAACUGGUACUCAAGUGAUGAGGAUGAGGGUGGAAGCAGUGUAACCUCCAUCCUGAAGAGCUUGAGGCAGCAGACGUCCAGCCGACCCCCAGCUUCAGUUGGAGAGCUGAGCAGCAGUGGGCUGGGAGACCCCCGCCUCCAGAAGGGACACCCAACAGGAAGCCGGCUGGCAGACCCUCGCCUCAGCCGGGACCCCAGACUCACCCGCCACGCAGAGGCUUCUGGCGGGUCUGGCCCAGGGGAUUCCGGACCCUCUGAUCCUCGGCUGGCUCGCGCCCUGCCCACCUCCAAGCCUGAAGGCAGCCUUCAUUCCAGCCCUGUGGGCCCCAGCAGUUCCAAGGGGUCUGGGCCGCCCCCUGCGGAGGAAGAGGAAGGGGAGCGGGCCCUGCGGGAGAAGGCCGUGAACAUUCCCCUGGACCCACUCCCCGGGCACCCCCUGCGGGACCCACGGUCACAACUGCAGCAGUUCAGCCACAUCAAGAAGGACGUGACCCUGAGCAAGCCCAGCUUCGCCCGCACCGUGCUCUGGAAUCCCGAGGACCUGAUCCCCCUACCCGUCCCCAAGCAGGACGCAGUGCCCCCCGUGCCCGCUGCCCUGCAGUCCAUGCCCACCCUGGACCCCCGCCUGCACCGCGCCGCAACGGCAGGGCCCCCCAAUGCCCGGCAGCGCCCAGGUGCCUCCACGGACUCCAGCACACAGGGCGCCAACCUCCCCGACUUUGAACUUCUCUCUCGCAUCCUCAAGACGGUCAAUGCCACCGGCUCCUCAGCUACUCCUGGUUCCACUGACAAACCCAGUGACCCCCGGGUGCGGAAGGCCCCCACCGACCCUCGGCUGCAGAAACCCACAGACUCUACGGCCUCCUCCCGGGCUACCAAGCCCAGCCCCGCUGAGGCACCCUCUCCCACUGCCAGCCCGAGUGGGGAUGCCUCCCCACCAGCCACCGCUCCCUAUGACCCUCGCGUGCUGGCAGCCGGUGGGCUGGGCCAGGGUGGAGGGAGCGGGCAGAGCAGCGUGCUGAGCGGCAUCAGCCUCUACGACCCGAGGACUCCCAACGCGGGGGGCAAAGCCACAGAGCCGGCCGCUGACACAGGUGCCCAGCCCAAGGGCGCUGAAGGUAAUGGCAAGAGCUCGGCCUCCAAGGCGAAGGAGCCCCCGUUCGUCCGCAAGUCUGCCCUGGAACAGCCAGAGACAGGGAAGGCCGGUGCCGAUGGGGGCGCCCCCACGGACAGAUACAACAGCUACAACCGGCCCCGGCCCAAGGCCGCUACAGCCCCCACCGCCACCACCGCCACCCCAACCCCUGAGGGUGCCCCACCCCAGCCUGGGGUGCACAACCUGCCCGUUCCCACCCUCUUCGGGACGGUGAAGCAGGCACCCAAGACGGGCUCAGGAAGUCCAUUUGCUGGGAACAGUCCGGCCCGCGAGGGCGAGCAGGAUGCGGCGUCCCUAAAGGAUGUUUUUAAAGGCUUCGACCCCACGGCCUCCCCCUUUUGCCAGUAGUGUCCAGCCAGAGCCGCGGCUCCAGCCGCCCCUCCUGGGGUGGCAUUCAGGGCAGCACCCGGGGUGGGGAGCUUGUUGGGGAGGGGAGGCAGGCUGGGUGUUCCUUUUUUCUUUUCUCCCUUUUCUUUUCUUUUGCUUUUCUUUCUUUCUUUUUUUUUUUAAGUAGUACUUUCUUUGAGAUUUAUAAAUUGUAUAUAACCAUCUUAAGUUCUAGUCAGUGUGGCGGGCUCAGGAGCUCCUGCUGAGCAAACUGACUCGUGCCCGCAAACCUGUGAACUGUCGCCAGUGUCCAGACUCAGACCCCAUGGACUCUGCCUGGCCGGGCCUCGCUGGAGGCCCAGUGGGUUUUUUGGGCAAAGCAUGGCCCCUUUUCCCCAGGACAAAGGGAACAGUUGGUGUCUUGGAAGGCACUGAACGCUCCUCACCCUGUGCCCAAAGAGACCCAGAACCAAGACCAUGGCAGGGCCUGUGUGGAAGCAGGUUCAGGCGUUUCUAGAAUCCUGGGGUGCACCAUCACUGUCUCUUCAGUGCAGGGCGUGACAACCCACUCAGGAGAUGGUGACAGUGAAAAGGUAUUAAGUAAAGAGCCCUCAGUGGCAAUUGGGGCUCCCUGGCACGUGCCUGCUCCUGUCCCUGCAUUACUACGUGUGCCCUACCCGCCACCCUCCGUCCAGAGCAAGCCAAUGUCCCCCAGCCUGCAGCAGAAGCCUCCAGUGUGAGAACAGGACCCAAAGGCAGUGGGGGCUGGUGUGGGGCAGAGUCCCGAAGAGCCACCUCCAGGAGGCAGCCCCUUGGAGCACGUACCAGUUUUCUGUCAGUAUUAACCCGACCUGUCCCAUCAGGGCCACACCCUCCUUGCCAACACCAGGGUCUGUCCUGGUCCUCAAGCCACGCACCCGCUAUGACCGCGCUGCAGCUCGGCCCCGGACAGCUCCAGGAUCCGUGAAGUGGCUGCGCCGCCAGGCCCCAACAGCAGGGGCCCUAGGGUGGCUCCUGGCCAAGUGUUUCUUCUGUUUUCCUCGCACCUCCUCACACUGUGACCUGCAGGGCGUCAGGUAUUGAUGUGUUCAGGUUUCCUCUCCCAACCCAGCAGAUGCAGGGGUUCCAAGGUGUGUUGCUCUGUGAGAUUUGUGUACACUUCAGAAAGGGGCUAAGGAGAGUGGGAAGCCUGCAGCCAGGGCAGGGGAGGGGAAGCCUCUGCUGCCCCCACACUCCCACCCUGGCUGAGGGCCAGCCUCCUCUGCAGAGCCCUGGAGGAGGCCCACCUAUGGACACAGCCUGGGAGAUGGGCACAAGGGGUGCUGGGGGAGGCCUGCUAUCCUGCCUCUGGGCCACUUGAGGGGCCUCAGGAAGUGUGUGCUUGUAGCUCCAUCUGCCUGUCUCCCUGGCCCGCUGUGUGGCUGCAGGCCAAUCUCUUCAUUGCUGACCAGGAGGAGACCUGGGCACCUGCCAAGGGAUUCCCCUUCCCUCCUCCUCAGGGUGGGGUGAACAGGCUGCUAUCCCACCCCACCCCAAAAAGAGAAAAAUGAAAAACUCAUAGUUUGGGGCCAGGAGGCAGUGUGUCCUACAGGGCUGCAUAGCCCUGAGGGGUCAGUGCUGGGAUCAGGUUGGUUGGUCUUUUUGUCUUUUUUUUUUUUUUUUUUUUUAACAAUCAUUAAUGAGAUUUGUCUUCAGCCACCAGUGUUGGCCUUGAAGCAGAGGGCGCAGCCCUUGGUGUUUGUAAAAUAAGUAUGAAUACACAGUGUGGCAGUGUUUUGGGUUUUUUUUUUUGUUGUUUUUCCUCUCCUUUUGAGGAUUUUCUUUUGUAAAAGAAAAUUAAAUAUUUUUUAAACUGAAAUCUGUGGAUGAAAUAGAAGCUGGAGCCCUCCUCUUGGAAUAUUCAGCCUAAGAACCUCAUGGGACUAUGAAUUCACCUGAAAUUCUCAUUUGCCAUCAGGCCGAGCUUUUAAAGAAAAAUUGUUCUCUAACCAGGAUUGUAA